UCCUUCAUUCAGAAGUCAUGCCAUAAUAAACUAUACCUUUUUGCUUACUUGUGUGAUUUCUGAAAAACAAUUUUACGUUAUUGCAAAAAGUUCACCUGCCCUUCUUUAUGAAAGAUGGUUUCGUGUAACAUUGAGACCCCGAAUGAUAAAGCUAGGAGACUGAUGCGAGAAAAGGAUAAAAUCGAGCAGGAGAUCGCAGAGUUGAAUGCUGUAUUAAAUACGAAUAAUGUGGGGAUGAGGGAGCCCUUGGUUGAUGAUGAAGGAUUCCCGCGCAAUGACAUUGAUGUAGCGAGAGUUCGCCAUGCCCGACACCGUAUUAUAUGCUUACAAAAUGAUCACAAGGAUAAAAUGAAGGAGAUCGAGACAGCAUUAGCUGAGCUGCAUGCUGAAGCAAGGGCGGACGGAGCUGGUCCAUCUAACAGGUAUAUUCCUGUCCUGAUUUCCAAUGGUCGUCCAAUCAAUGCAAACGCCCCAAACGGCCACGUCCCAAACGGCAACGUCCGAAACGGCAACGUCCCAAACGGUCACGCAGCCAACGGAGGAGACAUUGCGGAGCCAAGGCCAAACGACGCAAUUCCGACAAUGCCGAUUGCGUUUGUUUCAUCCGUUUGCGAAGGCUCGCCGGCUUAUCUGGCUGGUAUAAGAAGUGAAGAUGCAAUCCUGCAGUUUGGCUCACUACACAUCUCGAAUAUGAGAGAAUCCAAUUUGAGAGCCAUACACGAGCUAGUCAACCAUUCCAUUGGUCAGAGAAUACGGGUCUGGGUUAAGAGGGGUAACGACAUACUGAAUUUGGUUGUGGUGCCCCGUCUGUGGCUAGCAGCGGCAGAUCAGAACCGACGCUCGCUGCUCGGAGCCAAUCUUAGGACUGCAGGGAAUUAAUAUAUUUUAUUUAUUAAAAGCCAACUUUCUAGUCUUGUGCUCGGCGGUUAAAGUUUCCAAACAAAUUUUCAUUUUUUAUUGAAAAUUGUGUCUUUCGGUCUAAAUUGUUUACUCUAUCGAUAACUGGUAUAAUCUUAAUAAAUAUUAUAAAAAAAUAAUUAAGAUAAUUAUACUCCUUAAUAGAUUUAACAUAAGCUUCCCAAUAACCUCUGAAUGUGAAGGCACUUGGUCGUCGGCCACUCGGUAACUGGAACGUGUGUAACGGCACUAAAGUGUUUUUAUUUCCAAAAUUUGAAUACUUCGUUAUUAGUGAUUUUUGUUUUUUUAUAUAGCUUAACAAUUCAUAGAUUAGC